AUGUCAUCCUCUGCAUCCUCUUCAUUUGACUUAGACGACCCAACCGAAACAGCAGCCGCACAGCUCCUGUUCGAGAUUGAAGAUUUGGACCAGCAACCGCUACUCAAACGGCUUUCCACACGCCGUCUUCUGCUCUUAACAUGUCCCAGCCUCGGGCUGCAGGUCUGCUGGUUCCUGUUGCAAACCAGUGGCACGCCCUGCCUUCGUGCCAUCGGUAUAAACCCAUCGUGGAUCUCCCUUAUAUGGGCAUUAGGUCCCAUCUUCGGAGCGUUUUUUCAACCGGUAAUCGGUCAGAUAAGCGACGAACUACGACAUCCAUGGGGCCGCCGCAAGCCCGUUAUGCUCGCCGGCGCCGGGACCGUUAGCCUUUCGGUAUUGGUUAUGGCCUACGCACUAAAGCUAGCCACGCCGGACGCCAGCGCUUGGCAACCUCGCGCUUUGGCCGUCACCUGCUUGUUGAUAAUCCUAUUUGCCAUAAAUGCUUUUUCCGUAGGCGUCCGUGCCAUCGUCGUCGACGUCUGCCCGGCCUCCCAGCAGCCCGCCGCCGCGGCGUGGGCCAUGCGUUGGAACGUUCUCGGCUCCGCGGUGUUGUCCAUGCUUGGUGUCGUUUCCACCCUUCAGGGCCGCCGCGAUACCGACCCGGUGGCCAUGUUUUUCAAGCUAGCCCUCGUCGCGGCCUUGCUGUCCACGGUUACCGUCGGGCUCGUGUGCGUAUUGGUACCAGACACCACGCCGCCUCGAUCAAAAUACCAAGCCGGCGGUAUCAGACGAGUCGUGACCAUGUGUCAGGCGAGUGAGAUUUAUCGGCGGUGGGGACAGUUGCCGCCAUUGACGGGUCAGGUUUGCGGCGUGCAAUUAAUCGCAUGGCUAGGAUGGUUUCCCGUAUUAUAUUACAUGUCUACAUAUGCAUACGAAACAGCAUUAUACGAAGCAGCUCAUCAUUUGAGACCAGAAGCCCGCGCAGAACACUACGCCUCUUAUGCCUCCCUAUCCUUCGCCUUGGGCACCCUCCUCUGCACGUUGAUUUUAACCAUCUUUACCACCACCCGCCUCCUUAACCCUGAGAACCUCCCAAAACUUUGGCUAUCUUCUCAGCUUCUCGCAACCAUCUCCCUGUUGCUGACGAUUCCGUUGCAAACUACCACCGCGGCCUUCAUCCUCCUUGCCCUCAUCGGUGGGACCUGGGCCGUGACCAUGUGGGUACCAUUCGCCCUGGUCAACACCGAGUUGGCUUCCCUGUGCACUGGGGCUGCGGGGGCCCAGGGAUUGCACAAUAUGGCUAUAAGCCUCCCGCAGGUAGCGAGUGCGCUGGUCUGCGCCGUUGUGCUGGCCGGGCUGGACAUACUGGGCAUGGAGCAUGGCGUAAUUUGGCUGCUCCGUCUGGCGUCUAUACCGGCUGGGUGGUCGACGUGGCUGAUCUGGCGGCUGGACGAUGAUAGUGCGUGA